AUGUCACAAUUGAAAAAGACCAAUUUGAACUCAGUCAACGAUUUACGUCAAACCACGGAUGAUCAUUUAGGGUUGGUUUUCCAGCAGCUUGGUUACAACGAGUCAUUUACAUUGAUUGAUUUAAAGUUAGGAUUAGGAUUAUCCACAGUGGUAAUAGCUGGAUUGCUAUUCUUGGUCGAUAAAAAAUAUGCAUGGAAAGAUAGCUACAACCUCACAGUUAUUGCCUGUGUUUUAUACGGUAUAAUCAGUGGUGUUUUGUAUUUGAUCAAUUUUUUUAACAAAAAUGUCAAAUACAUAGGCUAUGAUAACAAAGGCAACAAAUUGUCUGUGGCAACUUCGUCCAAUAAAUUGGAUCCUAUCUAUAAUGUUACAAUCAGUUUGAAUGAUAGAUCAGUCAAUGCAGCAUUUGGUUUCAAUAAAUUUUUUGAUGUUGUGGGGUUUUUCAAUAGAGAUGCAUUUACAAAAUUGGUUGAAAACGAAUUAAACAAAUUAAAUAAAAAAAAUGAAUAA